AUGUCUCAAAAUCGUAUUGCAAUUCGGACCAUGUUGGAUGCAUAUUAUCAGAAUGGAGUCGAAUUGAAUGAUCAAGCUAAUUUAAGUGAUUAUGCCUUGGGAAAGGGUUUUGUGUUGAUGAUUCCAAUCAAUCACUCCACGAAGAGAUAUAAAACUCAGAAGGAAGUUGAGGCCGAUUAUGUAGCUUCAUUGACCAUGAAUGAAAUCAAUAGACAAGCUUCUACUUCGGGAGGUUCUGUAUCGGAUCAGUUGGAACAAAUUAUGGCUGAAUUUACCAGUACUCAUCCAACCACAAGUGGUACUGGCUCCACGACUUCACCUUCAGCAACAACAAGACCUCCAACAUUGACAACGACCACUUCCAGUAAUCCUCCAAGAAGUUCUUCAGCAUCAACGACCACACAGAAUCCUCCAAGAAGCACUUCAACAACAACAACAGCAGCAAGCACUGGCACAACAUCACAACAAGGGCCACCAAUUACAGUUGAUAGCUUGCCUGUUACGGAAGAUUUGGUUGCAGCAAUUACGGAACUAGGAUUUUCAAGGCACAGAGCAAAGAAGGCUCUCAUUCUUAACGAUUUGAAUGUUGAACAAGCUGUGGAGUGGAUUUUCAGCAACAUUGAUUCACCUUAUGUCUUGGAUAGCGAGUUUACACCUCAAGAACUUAUUGAACUGGCUGAGAAAUAUAAGAACAUGAUGUCCGACGAAUAA